AUGUCUCCAGAUUUUAAAAUUCAAGAUAAGAACAUCAGAGAAGAUUCUCCUGGAGAAAACCCCAUUAUUGUAAAUGUAAACCUAGCCAAUCCCAGUACAGAUAUGUUAUCUGGUCCCUCUAAUCAUGAGAAAUGUUCUCCUGAUAAUUCAGAUCUUGCUAUACAAAGUACAGCUCAGAAAGUAUUAUCUUGUUCUGAAUCUGAUAAAAGUUCAAUACGUCAGUCAGUUCUUGUUGGGCAUAAAAAAAACCACACAGGUAAAAAGCCAUUUUCAUGUUCUGAGUGUGGGAAAUGUUUUAUACAGAAAUCAUAUUUUGUUAGACAUCAGAGAGUUCACACAGGUGAUAACCUUUUUUCAUGCUCUGAGUGUGGGAAAUGUUUUACAAAUAAGUCCAGUCUUCUUAUACAUGAGAGACUUCACACAGGUGAGAAACCAUUUUCAUGUUCUGACUGUGGGAAAUGUUUUACACAUAAAUCAUGUCUUGUGGCACAUCAAAGGUCACACACAAGGGAGGGACUGUUUAAAUGUUCUGAGUGUGGGAAAUGUUUUACAUAUAAAUCCCAUCUUGUUACACAUCAGAGAUCUCACACAGGUGAAAAGCCAUAUGCAUGCUCUGAGUGUGGGAAAUGUUAUAUACAGAAAUCCAGUCUUGUUUCACAUAAGAGAGUUCACACAGGUGAGAAACCAUUUACAUGCUCUGAGUGUGGAAAAUGUUUUGCAUAUAAAACAUAUCUUGUUGCACAUGAGAGAAGUCACACAGGGGAGAAACCAUUUACAUGCUCUGAGUGUGGGAAAAGUUUUAGUCAGAAACCCAAUCUUGAUGAACAUGAGAGAUGUCACACCGGUGAGAAACCAUAUAAAUGCUCUGAAUGUGGGAAAUGUUUUAGAUACAAAUCACAUUUUCGUAAACAUCAGAAAACUCACACAGGAGAAAUACAUUGUCAGUGA